AUGCUCAUCUGUCUGCAAUUGAUAGCUGUGGGGGCCUCUCUCAUGAAUGCAGCAGUCAUUCCUACAUAUCCCGAACUUCCUUAUGUGCCCACCUUGUCUUUUUCCAGCACAUUUCAUGUCCCUGCGCCCAAAUUCGAUUUUUUGCCAUCUGAGGAAUGCACUCAUAGACGGUGCUCACAGUCUCGACUUGAUUUUACACAGUCCGGAAAAUGCUAUCCCGUUGGUGUGACCUUUUGCAAGUAUCGACAGAAAUUCUCACUGCACUACGCCACAUUAUAUAUUUUGCGAUUGGGGGAUUGUGAUUAUUGA